AUGCCGCCGAAGAAAAGACCAACUGCUCGAAAGGCGGAUGCGCCGACGAUAAAGGCGUUUCGCAACAUUCCGGAGUUCAACAAGGUACAGUUUGAGAACGAUUAUAUUUAUGGUUUCGUGUUUCUUUUGUAGAUUCUGAAUGAAGCUGCCACCACUCUCGACAAGGCGGCAGGGGAGGUGUUUUCGGAAGUGUUCAAGGAUAUUGUCGACAUUUUUCGUUCUGCUAUCCCCGAUGAAAACACUGCGAAUGCGCUUCAGUCGAUUACGUGCGCAAAAGUAGAACAGCACAUUGCGCAGAUGGUCACGAGACAGGUAAAUUCUUAAAAAAAUCAACCUAUGAAUUAUUCAAAAAAAAAUUUCAGCUCGUUGCAUCACCAAUCGAAUCGGCAAUGAGAACACGCCCAUCCAUUCGUUCGACACGAUCUUCGGCCGCCAGUACUCGUUCCAAGACUAAACAACGAUCCAUCAAGAAAGAGAUUGAUGAGCAUCCGGAAACCAUAGUCGAAGAGGAUCAGGACCAGGACCUGGAGCCGGAGUCCGAACAGACAAACCGUAUGUUUGCCAAUGCUCCAGAAGAUGACGGUGAUGAUGACAUGGACGUCGAGGAUCAGGAUGUUACUCCGAGACCAGAAACGCCGCCAAUCAGUUCGGAGAUGACCGACGACGAAUUCGAGGGAAUCGCUGUGCCAAGCACACUCACUCGCAUGCAGCAGAUGAGCAUUUCCCGAAAAUUAGAGCCCGUCAGCAGUUCUUCUCGCACUCCUGUUAAGCAUGGAACGCCGCGCAGAAACCCGGCUCGUCAGGCCCAUACCGUUCCGACCACCCCUCGCAACGUGUUCCAAACGACCCCUGGAAGAACGCAGGCUCCAGCUGCUGCUCCACGAACUCCGCAUCGUUUGCCGUACCCGUACCAGGCGCCCGAGAACGAAAUGGACAAGAAGAUGAAGCACGCCGACGAGCUCCGCAACAAGGUGAUCGAGCAAAAGAAAGAGCAGGCUCGGAAAGCGGACGAGAAGCGGGUGGCAGUGAUGGAACGGAGAAAGGAGCAAGAGAAAGCGAAGCAGGAAAGGAUUGACGAGAUAAAGCGGAAAGAGGAGAAGACCGCGAACUUUGUCCGAAUGCAGAAGGAGCACAGGUCACCAACCAGGGCUCGUCUUCAGGUCGGCGAGCCAAAAACUCCGUCGUCUAAAUCGCAGUCGUCUCGCAAAAUUUUCGCGGCUGUGACCACCGAAAAUUUUCCAACUCCGGGACGGGUUCACGCCAAGCGAGGACGUAUAGAGGUGGCCACCAAAAAUGGCAAGAAAACUACAGUUGCAGAGCCGACUGUGAGGCUUUCGGUGAGCAUUUCAGAAAGGGUGAUCUCUAAAGUUUAUUUUCAGCCAUCUCGCAAUCUUCCACGAAACACUUCACGCCAAGUGAAAGCGGAGCCGAUGGAUCUGGAAAAGGACAUCACGCCAAUCAAGCAGAAACCGAAGGCGAAGGCGAAACGAUCGCACGUCUCUUCUGCUGCCGCAGCUGCUGAUGCGCACGCCGCUCAUCUCCAAGCCGAACAAGAGCAGUACCUGAUGAAGCUGGCUGCUGAGAAGAAGGCUGCGAAGGAUCGAGAGCUUGCCGAGGAGCAAGCGCGAGUGGCAGCGGAUGAGAAACAGAGUCAGGCGAAGAAGGAGGCUGAGGAGAAGGCGGAAGCCGCCCGACGAUAUCAAGUUGAGGAGAUGGAUCGUCUAAAGAAGCUGCAAGAAGAAGAGGAACAGCGGCUCCGUGAGCAACAAGAACGAGAAGAAGCCGAGUUGAAGGCCACACUUGCCAAGCAAGCGGAGAAGAAGGCGAAGCAGCAAGCAACGGGACGAUCGCCGCCUCCGGACGCCUACGAAAUGACGCCGCCGCGGACUUAUCAGGCGAAAUCGAAGAACGAUUACGGACUGCACGAUCUGAACAGUGACGACGAGACGGACCAGGAGGACGACCCGAGGAAGGAAGUGCCGGAGUGGGCGGACUUUGUGCUUGUCCGCGACAAUGUUCGCAAACAUACCUCCAAACCGCCAUUCGAUGUCAUCAAGUUCUUCGGUGAAAUCCAAAAGGUAGAACUCAUUCUGAUAUUCAAUGUAUUUAAAAUUCGAGAAUUAUUUCAGCCUAACCUCAAGGACAUCUUUGGAGACGUUGUGCGACUGAAGAAACGUGGCUCGUCGGCCGUCUGGAAGUCGCCGGCAGCUAGCAGCAAUCAUUCGCGCCAACCUCUGUUCGACAUCUCCGAGUAA